AGUUAAGGUUGAAAUGGUGGUUACUUCGCGUACCUGCUGUGGAAUAAUCUUCUACCUUAUUCAUGUAUGCUUUCUACAAUUGGAGAAUGCAAUUGACCCAUGCUAUGCGUAUUCAACUAUUACCAACGAAGAGAAGCGUUCACCAUCUUACAACUUUGAUUUUGAUAAUGACACACCGAUUUCUGAUACAAGAUUGACCCAAGAUUGGUACAGGAUUGAAAUGAACACUGGCAGUCUUUUACCAAACCAAAGUCCAGGAACAUUCAGAUGUGGGACAUUUUAUCCUAUAUGGUUAAACGGUUUGUUACCAACAGUACCAAAAGUACAAGUUAGUCAACCAGUAUGUGUACAAACAACAGUAAAUGACUGUUUUCAAACUUGGAACAUAAACAUCAAAUUCUGCUGUGGAAAUUAUUUGGUAUAUGAACUGCGUACAAGCCUUGUUGAUCAGUCUGCCUAUUGUUUCGGAAAUGUUUCUAGUGGAUUUAAUGUCUCCGAAGACAACGAUUAUAUAUGUCAUGUGUGA